CAGUCAAUAUGAAUUACCUCUCUUAACAAGGUCACAAAUAAUUUGCAGUUGACAUUUGCAUCAAUUAAUUUAGGCUAAUAUUUCCCCUUUUGCCUGUUGACAUAGUUUCCAUCUCUCACUAAGAAGUUGAGAGUUCCUGAUCUGUGAAUGGUUGUCUUUACUCGGUGUAUUUACUCAGUCAAACCUAUGACCGAGCAGCUAAAGGAAAAUAAACACAAUUGUCUGUCCGACUGUUGCCACGUUCAUGUGCUAUUCGAAAAUACAAAACUAGGAAAUGUCCGACUUGUUAAUAGGUUGAACGCGCGGCACGUGUAUAUGUACAACAGGUUAGCAAGUCGGACAUUUCCGAGUUUCGUAGACUCCGACGAGUACUUGAACGCGGCACGUAUCCACACCCCUGUUACUUGUUCUACAUUUCUGCUUGGAGGAAGUGGCCCCUUUCCUCACCCUGUCGCUCUUUACGGCGGGGAUACAAAAUUACUAACAAACUAUUCUGUCAGGUGAAAAUUAGGCAAUUGUCGUCCUAGAAAAUUGAGAAAUCGUCUCUGCAGAAUAGCACGUACGUUGUAACAACAUAGUUGUAAGAAGAUACGCCAGAGUGGAUCGUUUUGAGCUGGAGUAGCCUCCGUCUGCUUUGUUUACAUUGGGAUUGUUUUGAUGCGGGGUGUUUUCACCGGGACGUUUUUGAGUGGAAAACGACUGUAAAUCCUGCAACGAUGGCAAUGCAGGCCCAGGUGAUAUAUGACUUCAGUGCUGAACCAGGAAAUAACGAGUUGACAGUCAGAGAAGGAGAGACUGUCACCGUCCUCAAUCAGAAUGUUGGUGGAGGAUGGAUAGAGGCUCAGAACUCCAGAGGAGAAAGUGGGCUGGUGCCAGAAGACUACUUACAGGUUGGUGCGGUGUCAUCCACAACACCAGAGACAGCUACCUAUCCGAAUGCCUACAGCCCCGAGUCCAGCAACAGCACAAACACUCAGGUUGCUAACGGUGACAACCCUUGGUCUGGGGGAGGAGCUUACACCAACAAGACAGCCGGGGGAUGGGACACCCAGGGAUACGCGCAGACUCAACAGAAUGCAGGUGAUGAUGACGAUGAUGGUGAGUGGGACGAAGAGUGGGAUGAUGCCAGAUCAACAGGGGGUUAUGGAGAAACUACAGGCGAGGAGGAAGGAGAGGCGACAGGCCGCAACACACACACACACAUGAAGAUAUCCCUCAACAAGUUUGCGUUCUCUAAGAUCCCCAACCCAGAGGUGUACCUCCUGGCUAAACUACCGCCCAAAGGCAAAGACAGACUGGCCAUCUAUAUGGGAGAUGUGGGGCCAGUGUGGCUGUAUCCCCAGUCUCCUCUUGACUGUGUCGUGGCUGAUCCUAAAAAGGGCUCUAAGAUGUAUGGGCUGAAGAGUUACAUAGAAUAUCAGGUCACACCCAACACGACCAACAGACCUGUCAAUCACAGGUAUAAGCAUUUUGAUUGGCUGUAUGAGCGCCUGUUGGAGAAGUUUGGUUCCGCCAUCCCCAUCCCCUCGCUGCCUGACAAACAAGUCACAGGUCGUUUUGAGGAGGAGUUUAUCAAGAUGAGGAUGGAGAGGCUGCAGGGCUGGAUGUGUCGUAUGUGUCGCCAUCCCGUCGUCUCUAACAGUGACGUCUUCCAACUCUUCCUCACAUACAGAGACGAGAAGGAGUGGAAAACCGGGAAGAGGAGAGCAGAGAAGGAUGAGUGUGUUGGACCAAUGGUCUUCUCCACCAUCGACCCUGAAGCUCCUGAGUUAGACAUAAUAGAAGUGGAGCAGAAGUGUGAGUUGUUCAGUAGGUUCACUAAAGAGAUGGAUGAUGGAGUUAAAGACCUGCUGAACGUUGGGAACAUACACUGGAAACGCUGCACAGGCCCUCUGCGUAAGGAGUACCAGAAGAUUGGGAAAGCCUUUCAGAACCUGUCAUCUGUCUUCAACACCAGUGGCUAUACAGGAGAGGCCACACUCACAGAUGCUCUCACAGCUGCAGGGAAAACAUACGAGGAGAUCUCACAGAUCGUAGCUGAGCAGCCCAGAAAAGACCUUCAUUUCCUGAUGGAAACCAACAACGAAUACAAAGGGUUGCUAGGCUGCUUCCCUGAUACUAUCGGAGUACACAAGGCGGCUAUAGAGAAGGUGAGGGAAGGGGACAAGAUGGUGGCAGCAGGGAAGAUCACCACACAGGAUAAAGGGACCAUGGCCAAACGCAUUAGCAUCAUGUGCUACUCACUACAAGCUGAGAUGAACCACUUCCAUAGCAACCGUAUCUAUGACUACAACAGAGUCAUGCAGCUCUACCUGGAAGAACAGAUCAGGUUCUAUGAAACGAUUGCUGAGAAGCUGAAGCAAACCCUGGGCCAGUUUACCACCCUGUAAAGUGAAACACACACAAACCUUGUUCUUCUCCUUUCUGCUUCGUGGACCAACAACCUUAAACAGGAUGGACUGGUGUCUGGAUGAUGUAGUUGGAAGACAGUAUCACCCUGUGCCUUUUAACUACACAAGGAGUUAAACAUAACGAUGUUAUAUUUUAAUAUCACAGUGCAGAACAAUAUGUUAAAUGUUGUUUCAUAACCCUCUAAUUAUCUAUUUUAUUUAUAUUAUAGAUAUAUGAAAUGGUUGUAUUUCCUGUUUAUUUUGGUUGGAUGUUUUCACUUUGUCUUAUUAUUCUUAUUCUGGAUAAUGUGAUUUAGAGAGGGGAUACAGAGGGGAGAGAGAGACAGAGGGGAGAGAGAGACAGAGGGCAGACAGAGGGGAGAGAGAGACAGAGGGGAGAGAGAGG